AUGAAGAUUUCUUUAUCUUUAAAAGCUCAAUUGAAUGAUUCAAUUAUAUUUUCGCAGAAAAGCUAUUUAAAACCAAAAUUAAGAAUACCUUCUACCGCUUUCCAAUUUUAUUAUCAGGUUCAAAUGCAUGAUUUGUUGAGAAAUUCUUAUUCUACUAAGCAAGAAAUAUUAAGCUUUGUAGAUAAGAAUACCCAUUUCAGAAGAUUUAUCCGUGACGAAUGGAAUACCCUCUCUACUACAAGAAGAAGAUUAUAUGCUGCCUUAUAUUUCCAUGUUUUAAAAAUUGAUUAUUCUAAUCUUAAUGAAAUCGAAUUGGCUAAAAUAAUGGAAAUCCCAACACCAGCAAUAAGUCCAUAUAUGUUAUUCAGAAGCAAAUAUAAAGAAAAGUUUGAUUUAGCAUGGAGGGAAGAAAAUUCUAAAAGUGAAAUAACUAUGAAGAACAAAACCUUAAAACCAAUGAAAUCAAGAAGCAAUAACAACAAGAUUUUUUUCAAAAGAACCGUUAGUAGUUCCAUUAAAUUGGAAAAGGGAAAUAAUCAAUCAACAUCAAAUAUAAAACCAAUAAUUGAUUUUGCAAGAAGAUUUGAUAAAAUGUGUAAAGAAUGCAAACAAGUCUGGAAUAAUGACAUUUCAAAUGAACAAAAACUACAGGUACGUAACAAAUGGGAGACCCAGAAAAUCGAAUUCAAAAGAAUGAUCGAUAAAGAGAUCGAAUAUUUAAAAUCAACUAUCGAUAAAAUAACAACGUUGAAUCCAAAUGAGCAAAAAUUAUUAAUUGGAACCAAUUUAAAUUCAUUGUUGAACGAUGGAAAUAAAUUUCUGUCAUAUUCGUUUCAAAAGAAGAAGAACCACGAUUAA